UGUAGGUAUACCUCCGUGGCAUCCCGUCCCCUUGGCCCUCGCAAAUAAGUAGAAGACGGAACUGCGAUCUUUUGUAAAGUACUUACGUCACUUGCUUGGUUGAGUUCAAGAUCAAGAGAUUCUAGGACAUCGUUUUCGUUUAGAAACAACAGUAAGUUACUUAGUAGAAUAUAGCAAUAUCUUCAUCAACUACAAGGAGUGGUGCCAGAAUGACCUCCACAACUGGUUUCCACAAAGCGAAAGUGGACAUCAGUCCCUCAUUACUUGCUUGCGACUUGGCCAACCUACAGCGAGAAGCAGAAUCAGUCCUCCAAGCCGGAGCUGAUAGCUUGCAUGUCGAUGUGAUGGAUGGAAACUUUGUUAUGGAAAGUGUAUUAAGAUUCAGAUCGCCCCAAUGAACUACGUGGUGUUCCCCAUGAUCUAGAAUGAAUUCAGUCCUCAGGCCAUGCUAUAGGAAUUGUAAAUUGAAAAUGUAGUAGUUGUAGGACGAGCACCCAAUAGGGUUAGGAGGUACGUGAACUUCUUACUCCAAUCUCUACCCCUUCCUCCUCGCUCUAAUCCCCUCCCCAAUAUAAGUUGGGGCAUGCCAGUCGUCUCAUGUCUGCACAAAGCUGUCCCGAACGCUUUUUUAGACGUGCAUCUGAUGGUUCUGCAUCCAGAAAAAUGGGUCAAACCGAUGAAAGAGGCAGGUGCAGGAAGGUAUACGUUUCAUAUCGAAGCAACUGAGGAUGCACAAGCGCUUAUUGACGCAAUCCACGCAGAAGGGAUGGAAGCUGGCAUUGCGAUAAAACCAAAAACGCCGAUUGACGAUGCUUGUAUUGCUAUAUGCAAGAAAGCUGAUUUGGCACUGGUCAUGACAGUCGAGCCUGGGUUCGGAGGCCAGAAAUUCAUGCAGGACAUGAUGCCGAAGGUACUUUUUGUUUUUGCCAAAAAUUCAUGCAGGACAUGAUGCCGAAGGUACUUAUUUUUGUUUUGAGUAGAUGAAAGUAGUACAAACACUUUUUUAUUCGCCGGCCGUUGCUAGCUCAUGCUAUAUUAUCAGUCUUCAAAUCCUUCACUUGCUAUACAAGAUAUUCUUGACCAAACCUCAAACACAAUAUCUCCUCUCUCAGUCCCCCUUCUCUGUGACCAACGUAGAAGUUCAACGUUCAUUCAACGAAAAAAUCAGGUAUCCCAGCUUCGGUAUGCGCUAGGGCCCGAGAAGAAUAUUCAAGUUGAUGGUGGUCUUGGACCCUCUAGUAUUGAGGAUGCCGCAAAAGCCGGUGCGAACUGUAUCGUUGCAGGUAGUGCCGUUUUCAAGAAGGAUCCGCCGCCUGCAGAAACGAUCCGAAUACUACGCAAAGCCGUAGAAAAGUUUGGGCAUGGGGUUGAAAAUUAAAUUAAGGCUCAGCUUUCAAUGGUCACCUCCAUUGAGAUUGCUUGGGGUCACUGAGAUCCCUCUUGAGGAAAGAUGGGGGAAAAAUGAAGGAAAAGCAAAGGGAGAAGCAUGGGGCCCAUUUCUUUCAGAGUCAAUGACCAUUGAGUGCUGAGCUUUAAUUAAAGAUACAGUAGUGGUCCUUCAUCUGUGGUUACGCGACCUAGUGACUAUAUGUGACUAUAUCAUGUACUUGUGUAUAACUUCGACGACGAAAUAUCGAAUUUUCAAAUCGUCCACCAGCUGCACAUGAUACGCAUCCCUUCACAACUGACACAUGCACAGACAAGACAGAAGAUGUUGGCAACUUCAAUUUUACAUAAGAAGCCACUUCUGUCAGUAACAAGGAGCUCUUCAAGUUGUUCG